UUCUCGAAAAGAGUUUUAUUUAUUCGAGCAACGCUUAUCGAUUAAUAAGGGUCUUAACUCUAUAUUUAACUCCAGACAAAAAAGAUAAGUAAUAAGUAAAAACUCAAACAUAAAUACUACUAUAAAAUCCAUAAUAGAGAAUAAGGGUGACAUGCUAAAAUCUUCAUCUUUGAGGCUAAGCUUGUUCUUAGUAAUUAAGACAGAAUUUCUCAAAAUUCCGAACUAUAUAUCUUACCUGGCGCGUGAACAGACUAAAGUGCACACGGAUUAUGUCUCUAAAGGGUUUGAGUUUUUAAAAGGAAAAAGCUUCAUCGAUGAUCAGGCUACCGCAGAGAAACGAAAAAGACACAAAGAGAUGUAUGAGGCCAUCCUACGCAAGCAAGCUAUUCAAUUACACGAGACUAAAAUAUCCUAUGAAGCUGAACUUAAAAAGUUGGCGUUCAAAGAAAGGCUCAAGGCCCAUUGGAAAAAUUUAAGGCAAAGCAUGCAAGAGGCGACGUCGACGAAGGCGGGUGUAAUGACGCUUUUGCAGCACUGUGCUGCCUCACAUGCUGCCGAAAUAGCUAUUGAGGAAAAUAUAGAUGUGAAAGACGUACAGUUUGCUAUAAAAACGCAUCAGGACUCUAGCUCUAUUGCUCAAGAAGCUACCGUAGUAGGCUACAUCGAUGCCCCAAGCGCAUCUGAGGAGGAGUUUGCGAUGUUUGUAGAAAAGCUUCAAAAAGCAUGCCCUGUAGCAAAUCGCAUGGCCAUCGAAUGGCGUAACUCUUCUUUCGCUGAUAGAAAUAAGCAGAUGGAAUUUCCAUCGCAAUGGCCUAACAGCGACCGUGCUGCUUUCGAUCCAUACGAUUUUAGAAAAGAAAUAGCAUCUAAAGGUGGUGAAAAUGAUGCUGGUAUUAAUAAAUUCUCUAGUGAUCUAAGACAUGAGGGGAUGUCCUUUAGAGAUCUCAACGAUCUUCAAGCCAAAGAUAGUCAAUCUAAGAAUGUCGAGCGCAACACAGGAAAGUUUGAAAAUCAACAGGAUAAAACAGAUCGUAAAGCAGUGCCCGAAGUUAGCAAUCAGGGUGAACAACAACAAGCAGGAUCAGAAGUGCGUCUACCUCAUGGUACGCCUGGUGAACAUCGUAUGAACUCUACGGGAAACGAUCUGAGGAAUCCGUCUAGCUUGAACCAUGAGGAGGUUCCUACUGCAAAUGGAGACAAAAAAUGCUAAUAAUGUGUUUGGAACUGAAAACAACUAACCAUUACCACAGAUUUUUAGCAUAAUCACAGUGGAUCUGGAGUAAUAAAAGUAUUGUGGUAGGUUAUGACCUUCUUUAUAUUGCGAUUAUUCUUAUUUAUCGGGUCGCCCUAAUAUUUGUUGAUCUGUAUGCACACUAAUUUGUUUUUAUUAACACAUUUUCAAACUCUGUAACCUUCAAUAUUGAACAUUGUUUAAGAGAACACAGUAAAUCUCUAUCAACUUUCUCCAGUUGGUUCGGAAAUAAACCACGAUUGUGUUGAAAUGUCAAGGGGUUAUCUUUCUAUCCCACUCGGUCCUAUAUUCCCCUUUAAGAGGAUGUUUUCAGGGG